AUGGAUCUUCUGGAAAUUCAUAGUGUAACCUCCACUGACUGGUUAAGUAUUGACACUAUUCUGACUUCUGAUUGUAUUCAAAUUAUACUGGGAAAUUUCAAAUUUGAUGAGACAGAUUUGAACCGUUUUCUGAAAGAGUGGAUUAACGGGUCUAACCAACGACUGAAGCGUUUCCGAGUGAUAGUGAAGGAUUUGAAUUUAGAAGUUCUGACAAGUGGAAUUGAAGUUGAGGAGAUACCGGUUACCGUAGAGAGAAUUUUUGAAAACAAAGAAUGUGGAUCAAAAAAGUUGAAGUUGAAAGGUGGAUACGAUAUUCGAAACAACAAAGGAAUGCUAGCUACCUUCCUUAAGACUCCCAAUCCUAAGUACCCAAUUGGAACUGUCCAAUUCGACAUGUUUGUAUGGGAAUGA